CCGCGACAUGAAGAGCGCGCGCGCAGCCCGCCCCGGCCGCCAUGCAGCGCCUGCGCACCACAUUCAAACGAUCACGCACGCCCACACCCGCCGAUAUGAAGACGCAAAGUAGCCUCGAGGUACCGAAACAGGUCCGGUCGGCAUCGUUCGAUGAGAUCCAAUUGGAGGCUGUGCGAGGCUCCGGCGCUAGUGUACUGUUGUCGGUACCGCAGCCGGGUGCGCGCAGUCACUCCUUCGAUUCCGCCGGAUCUGAUGACUCGGGCACAUACCUUGAGGUACCGCGUCUGUGGUCCCGACGUCGGUCUGGUAAAGGCACACCUCCACCAUGCGUGCACUGCCGUCACAUGGAGACGUGGCUCGCUCGGCGCAGCGAGGAGCGAGUCACGCCCGAACGAGCUCUGGCUUCUUCGUCGGCAGAAGACGACGACGAAGAGGACGAGAGCGAAGUGGAAGUGCCUCAAGUGUUGCUGGCUCCUCCACCGCCACCGCGAACAUUCCUGCCGCCACCGGUACACUCGCCGCCGCCGACUCCGGGAGCACCGUCCUUCGAACUGCAACCGCCCGUAGAUGAACCUCCAAUACUACCACAACGAAGGCGUUCCAUAUCUAGACAAGAAGCUUUUUUUGUGGAACCUACGGGCAGUUCGCUUGAAAAUGUUCGUGCUUCCGAAGAAGAAGCGGCUCACGCUGCGAAAGACAGUCUCGUGCAUGACAUCUACCUAGCUGUUCCCGAACUAAAACGAGACCGCGCUGCAUCAGUCGAUUCAUGUUUUUCAAAAGUUUCUGGUGGUCGAGCUGAAGAGUUGAAUGGUACCGGGAACUCUCUCACAGUUCCUGGCAGUGGACUUAGAUCGAGAUCUGUGGAUAUAGUGUUACCUACUGCUGAGCAAUCGAGAUAUAAAGCGCUAGCAUUGACAUCGGCUCAAGUGACAACUUCCGCGAGUCAGCAGAAACAAGAAGAGCCAGUGACUCAAGUGGUGCAAGCUGCAGACUGCAGACGGACUGGCGAUGUCGGAGGUGCGCGGGUGCUGCGUUCGACCCCCGACUGGAGCGACACUGCCAUCAGUGGCGAGCACCUGUGGUCGCCCACCUCAGUGUCCGGAGAUUGUUGCUACGUCGGUGAUGCCGAGUGCCAGAAACAUGGGUCUCGUAUGAAGUGUUCGGCAUGCAAGAUCGUCGCGCACACAGCAUGUAUCGACAUACUAAUGGACCGUGUGCAGUUCACGUGCAAGCCAACGUUCAGGGACGUGGGAGUCCGGCAGUACCGGGAGCAGACCAUCACUCAUCACCACUGGGUCCACCGCCGCUCAGAGAAGGGCAAGUGCAAGGCCUGCGGUAAGUCGCUGCAGGCUAAACUAUCAUUUAGCUCGAAGGAAAUCGUUGCGUUGACUUGUUCGUGGUGUAAAGACGCCUACCACAACAAAGAAAGUUGUUUCAAUCUCCAGCGGAUAGGAGAAGAAUGCUCAUUAGGAUCGCAAAAUAAUAUAAUAGUACCGCCGUCAUGGAUCGUCAAGUUGCCAAGAAGAGGUAGUUUUAAGUCAUCGCUAAGGAAAUCGCCUAAGAAAAAAAGUGCUUCCAAGAAAAAAGGAAAAGAUUCUAAAAAUGAACAGAAAACGUUCGUAAUUAAGCCAAUUCCCACUGCGAGCGUAAAGCCAGUACUAGUUUUUAUAAAUCCGAAAAGUGGAGGCAACCAGGGAGCGAAGUUGUUGCAGAAGUUCCAAUGGCUACUGAAUCCACGACAAGUAUUUGAUCUCACACAGGGUGGACCAGGACCUGGCUUGGAGCUAUUUCGCAAGGUGCCCAACCUGCGCGUGCUGGCAUGCGGUGGCGAUGGCACUGUGGGCUGGGUGCUGAGCGUGCUCGACCGCAUCGGGACACGGCCCGCUGUCGGUGUCCUACCGCUCGGCACUGGGAACGACCUCGCGCGAGCUCUUGGCUGGGGUGGCGGUUACGAAGAUGAACCAAUUUCGAAAAUUUUGGCGAAUAUCGGUGAGAGUGAUACGGUGUUGCUGGACCGAUGGGAGCUGAGCGUGGUACCUAACACUGCAGCUGCCGGAGAAGACACCAGUAAUGCGAAGCCAGAACUACCACUCAACGUCGUUAAUAAUUACUUCUCAUUUGGCGUUGAUGCUCACAUAGCUUUAGAAUUUCACGAAGCGAGAGAGGCGCACCCAGAAAAGUUCAACUCUCGAAUAAGAAAUAAGCUGUUCUACGGUACUGCCGGAGGGAAGGAUCUCAUGCAGCGCAAGUGGAAGGGUCUUGCCGAGUUCGUCACGAUGGAGUGCGACGGCAAGGACCUGACGCCAGUGCUCCGGGAGCACAAAGUUCAUGCCAUUGUCUUCUUAAACAUUCCAAGCUACGGUGGUGGGACGCACCCUUGGAACAAGUCAGGGGGAGCCUUUGAACCCUCCACUGAAGACGGCUUAAUAGAAGUAGUCGGAUUAACCACUUAUCAAUUGCCGUUAUUACAAGCGGGAGGACACGGCACCUGCAUCACUCAAUGCAAGACUGCGAAAAUCGUGACAACGAAGGUCAUACCAAUGCAAGUUGAUGGGGAGGCGUGUCGUCUGGCGCCCUCUGUCAUCACUCUCUCACGGCUCAAUCAGGCCACAAUGCUCGCCAAGAAGAAACCAGGCCGAACCAUCGCCCCUCAAACUACAAUGGACAAACUCACCCUCACAGUGAAUCUCAUAACGAUGGCUGAUUAUGAGCGACAUCAUUACGACAAGGAAUUACUCGCAAAGACAGCGGAACAGGUCGGCACUUUAGACGUGAACCCUGCUGCCGACUUAGAACAAAUGCGCGGCCUCAUUCAGAACAUGAUCAAAGAAUCUCAAGCGUACUCGAACCUCACCGACUGGUGGUUUGUCGACUCUGUGACAGCGGAGAGGUUCUUCCGUAUAGACAAGGCGCAGGAGAACUUGCACUACCCGGCGGACAUCGGGCACGACAACAUGUACAUCCUGGACGCGGCGCCGCACACGCCGCACACGCCCGACACCGAGUCCACGGCGCAGCCCGACACCACCGCCACCGCCUCGCUCGAGCGCACCGCCGCCUCCGUCUCGCUCGACACCACCACCGGCCUCUCCGUCUCCCUCGACAUCUCGCAGAGUGUCGACACGCCCAGUGCUGCUGUCUCGCUUGAUGUGCCUGAAUCUCAUCCUUGUGAAUCGGGUUUUGGUAGUCCCGCACGGUCUUCAGAAGAGUUGCUGUCGCCUCAGACGCCGCCACCAAACACGGUACCGACAGCCCCAACGACGCCAGUGUCGGUGCGGCCGCCCUCGCCGAUACCACCGACCCCUACAAGUCCGGGUACAGGGCCGCCCGCUCCACUGAGCCCGGCGGUGGUACAAACCGAGCCAUUAUCUCCACCACUAUGUACUAGCCCACCCGCCAAAGACCACGAACCUACGACUGAUUCAAUAGCGCGGUUUAAAACCAUUCAUGAAAAAUUGUUUGGACUUGAGCAAGAAGUGUUUGGCUAUAGAAAUUUAUUGGAAAAAACAUCUGAUGCCCUGCUCAAAGCGGCCAAAGUCGGUGAUCUGAAAAUGAUGAAAGAGUUGCACGCGGCGGGGUACUCGUUGCUGUCGAUCGACGCGACCGGUCAGACCGCGCUGCACGUCGCGGCGCGGUACGGGAACAAGGAGAUCGUGAAGUACCUCAUAGCGUGCGCGCCGACCGCCAUCCUGAACAUGCGCGACAACGAGCGCGGACAGACCGCGCUGCACAAGGCGGCCGCGCACAAGCGCCGCGCCAUCUGCUGCAUGCUCGUCGCGGGCGGCGCCUCGCUCACGCGCCGCGACCACGCCGGGCUCACGCCGCGACAUCUCGCACUGCGCGCUGAGGACCACGACUUGGCCGCAUAUCUUGAAAGUCAGGAACAUUUUCAAUUAGUGUCUGAAGAUUUAGAAACUGCCGUUUAAUCAGUCGAACACAUUGUCCGCAUUCCCGGCGUGGCUGGAAACUACCGAGAUAAGUCGUACCAGCGAACUAGUGAUAUAGUGAAAAUGACUGAAGAAUAUUGUUCGAAACACCGAAGUGAUAAUCAGAUCUGGUGUAGGAUUAUAAUAAAAACAUUUCUUUAAAAUAAUAAUAAUAUUUGAAAAUUUAACUUUAAUCAUAAUUAUAUUUUCGUCAUAAAUUAUAAUAUAUUCUAUUAAUUUAUUGAAUUUAGUCGCUGUAAAUGUUACAGAUAAUUAAACCAGUUAUAGCCUACGAAACAUGCUAACAUUACCUAUUGUUAUUAGCGAGUUAAUUCACUACCUUCGGAUGAAACAAAAAUACAUUAUCGUGCAGAUGAUUUCAAAUAAAUACACUUCCACGUUGAGAUUAAUCUGCGAGAUAGUACAUAUCCGGGUAUUGUGAAACAGGAUGAAGCAAUAUUAUGAUAACGAGUUUUUAAAAUUAAAUGCAUUAAAUGAUUGAAAUUUCUCCCUUAAUAUCUUUACUGUAACAUUUAUAGUUGUAAUUAAGUAUGAAUUUAGAAUAAACACUUAUAAGGUGAAUCUUUACGCAUUUUGUUUCAAUAUUUUCUCUUUUCUAUUUAAAGGAGUGAGUGUUUUCAUGAUCUAUGAAACAGCUCUGAAGUAAAAAGUGUGUGCCUUUCCCGUGCGUUGUACAAACGACAAGACAGUGGAAUGUAUCCCGCACUUCCAUGUGAAUACAAAAAUGAGAAACAGCUACCUGAAAUGUUAUACGGAACGUGAUAGCUCUUACAAAUUGCGAAUGCAGCUAGCUUGUGACUAAAGUGUGAUUAAUGUUUGCCUGCCACAAACUUAUGCUCCAGCUCAUAUCAGACCCGCGUUGAAAACAUCUUCCGAUUCAAAACACAAACAAAAUAAAACGUUCGUAUAAUGUUAGGCAACAGGCCCCUCAUGUAAAAUCAGUCCGAUAGGUGAACACGUAAGGAGUGUGGGCCAAACAUAAAGAAGAUAAUGCCGAGGGAUACAUUCACGCUGUCGACCUUUUGUGUUCUGUCAAAGGAACCUUUCUAAGUACUUGUAUAUUUUAGAAUAAAUUUUACAUCGCUUUACUGACGAAUCGCCUUUCCAGAUUUCCUUAUAAAUUACUUCAAUUAUGAAUCCAUGGGACCCUAACUUACUCUUACUCUACGGAACGAUAAGUCUUUAUGAUAAUGUGAACAUUACCUAUGCGAUUUAUUCAUCUUAUGAAUGCCUCUGUAGACCCAAUGAGUACAGUUGUGAUAGUACAAUGUUUAUGUUGCAAGUCAUUCAAUUUGUUUUACGUAUUUUACACCGAUGUGACUAAGUUAUUUUGAUAAAGCUAUACUGUUUACUCGAUCAUUAGGCCUAAAUACUUAAAUACUGUUAUAUAUUGUAUGUAUGUAUUAUAGAAUUGUUUUUGAUGCAAUAUUUCUUGUAUAAGUGUCCUAAUAUUCUUGUUAUUGUCUUCGGCAAUAAUGAUUUAACUUCUAAGGCUAAAUUUAUACUACUGAGUUGUAUGAUACUGAUAAAAUCGGUGUCGUAUAUAUUAUGAUCUCAGUACUUGUAUGUAUCCGUAUUACGGUGUAAUUUGUAUUUCAGUAUGUCCUAAUAAUGAAGAGUUGAGUAUGUAAUAUAGUUUACUUGUUUGUUGUCCUAUACUGCGUUACUAUGGAGGUAAGUGCACUCACUUGUGGAUCGUGUAGCUUGUAAUGUGUCAGCGGCGAGCCGGCGC